GGCGCUUCCCGGUAAGAUUAAUUGAAACUAGGGACGAUGCGAUGAAGUUUGAUCAAAGGAGGCUAAAUUCAGUUAAGCUAAACUCAGCAAAUGAAAUAGUUCAUGAUCAUAUUUGUUUUUAAAUUUAGGUUAUGUGCCUCCUAGUCGACAUACCAUCACUCGUCGUCUCAAACGUCUCCAUGUAUUGCAUCGCAAAAAGUUAUUUGAUGAUUUAAAACAUGUUGAUUAUAUCUCCAUAACCACCGAUUUUUGGGCGAAUCGGCAGAAUCAGUCGUUUUUGGUCAUAACUGGCCAUUAUUUCAAAAGCGAUGACAUCAAUUUAAAAUCGACAGUUUUAAAUUUUUCUAAAUUCAAUGAAAGACAUACAUCACAUCAAAUUUCUCGAAUACUCAAAAGGAAAUUGAGAGAACUGAAUAUUUCACACAAAGUUAUUGUUAUAACUUGCGAUGGAGCGAACAAUAUGGUACGUGAUCUUGAUUUGUAUGCAAAACGGCUGUGGUGUGUGGCGCAUCGUCUUCAUCUUACAAUAACCAAUGCUUUUGGUCUUUGGAUUACAAAAAAAGUGGAGAUGCAAGUACCUCAAAUGAUGAAAUAG